AUGCAUUCUAUGCAUUGGGUAAUUGCGCUUCCAUUGCUAUGUUUCAUCUUCGGUGUUAUGGGACAUGCUCGAAUUAAACAUCCUCGACCACUGGCAGCUUCUGAUGAUAGUCCAGCUGGUAAUUAUUAUAAUGCUCCAUUACGACCGGAUGGAAGUGAAUUUCCAUGCAAGGGUUUACAUAAGAAAGCUGGUGUUAACAAAAAUCCCACAGAAACAUGGAGAGCAGGAGAGAUGACACGUUUCGAAAUUCUUGGUCAUGGAUCAUCUGGAGAAGGUUCUCUGGCAGCACAUAGUGGAGGCAGUUGUCAGGCUUCACUUUCUUUCGACAAUGGUGAAACAUGGAAAGUUUUACACACAUUCAUUGGUGGAUGUCCGAGAGGUGUUCGUCUUGGCUCGAAUAUUGCUGAUAAAAAUCAAACAUUUCCCUUCAUGGUACCAGCAAACACAAAAGCAGGAAUCGCAUUGUUUUCAUGGUCAUGGAUUGCUGUCACCGGUAACCGUAACGAAAUGUACCAAAACUGUGCCGUUGUUGAGAUUACUGGCUCGGGAACAAGCACAUUAUACGAUUUGCCUGAUAUGUUUGUUGGUGACAUGACACUUCCUGGUCAAAUUGGUGCUGGUCAAUGCCGCAGCUACUCUGGCCAUGCCAUUGAAUUUCCAAAUCCGGGUACAGCAAAAACUGUUACUUCAAUGCCAAGCAUUGGUUUCAAGAAACCUACUGAUGGAAAUUGUUUUGCGAAGCGUUCCAGUAAUAAUCAGACAGCUUCAUCUGCAUCAACAAAAGCUUCGGUAACAACAACAACAACGAUGCGUUCAACAGCAUCAACACGCCCAACAACAACGAUGCGUUCAACAACAUUAACGCGACCGACUACGACACGCACAACGACAACUAUGUCAACAAAAUCCACUACAACAGUUCCACUCAAUUUUACCAUACCAACAGGAAUACCUGCUGAUGGUAAACUUCCAUCUCAAUGUACAACUUACCAAUUGAUCACCGAUAGUAAUCGUCGUGCUACUGCUGCUAGUGGCGUUGCCUGUGAUAAGGAUGUUUUCAAGGCCACACCUACUUGGGUACGAUUUUCAGGCGGUGCUGGUACUCGGCUGGUAACUGGUGCAGCUGAACCAUUUCGAUGUGGUACACAAGGAGUCGGCUGGUUCAAAGGUGUAUAUCCAUCAGCAGCAGGCGCUACUAUUGAAGGAACGGUGUGUUACAGUUGGCCUGGUAAAUCAUGUCAAUGGUCCAAUACUAUAUGGGUCACUAAUUGCAAAGAAUACUAUGUUUUCGCUCUUCUUGCUCCGCCAGCCUGCCGUCUGCGCUAUUGUACUACCUAA